AUGGUCCGCGAACAGCCAAAGGACCGUUCCGAAGAGCCAGUGGCCAAGAGAGGUCGAAUCGACGAGCAACCGGUUGAGAAGAGAGAGGAGGAGGGAGAGGAAGAGGAGUCGGAGCUCGAGGAGGAUUCGGAGGUCGAGUCGAACUACGACGACGUGAUCCUCACGGAUGAGGAGGAGAUGGACGAGGGCGGAGAAGAGAACGAGGAAGUCGUCGUGGCUCCGGAUGCAGAGGAUGCGAACCCAGCCGUCGACGAGGUCGCCAUGAACAACAUGUACGACAAGGUGGUCCGUGAUGCUAUCAACAUCGUCCCGCACCGUGCUCGCUCGAACGGAAGCGUUCGCUCUUCUGGAUCAGGUAAUAUUUUGAUCGGUUGGGGGUAGGUACCCAACUCUUUUCAAAUUGUUUACCGCGUGCUUUCUCACGCUUUUGGAGCGCAGGUAUAAUCCGGAUGUAUGAUUCCGUAGUCAAUUUCCUUCCCGCCACCAACAAUGACUCAGGAAGCGGGGGGAAAGAGUACAAACAGCAUGAGCAAACGUAAUUGAAUUUGUGGGUGUUUCAGUUCUGCGCUACGAUGGCAUUAACUAUCUGAUGGCUGAGAUGCAAGGGAUGUGGCAGGAGAGAGAUGAGGAAUCGUAUGCGGAGAGGAGACAAAAUCUGUGGCCGCUUCUUCAUGAUGCUAUCCAACAGCUGCGGGCUUCUGGACGCGUGAACCAUACCAAUCUUCUGGACCAAACUGUCCUUCCGCAAGACUUCCUUAAGGAUUUCGAAGAUGCCAUGGAGCUUUUCCUGAAGACAAAGAAGAAGGAAGGCACUCCUCAAACUUGGGAGGAGACCCAGGCUCGCAUCAAAUGUAAGGAAGCCAGUAAGGCAGUGAUUUCAAUUCUAGCAGAACGUUUUCAGACGAGACGAAACGCGUGAAGAUGCUGCAAUCCAAGGCGAUAAGCUUCCAUAAACGUAACCAGACUCGUCCGGGAUGGCAUCACAAGUACGGAGCAUUGUUCCCAGUUCAGACCAGCUACGACAUGAUCGAGUUCUUAAUGUACGCAAUGUCGCUGACCGGUUUCAAUUUUGAGAAGAACCUCGAGGAAAACACGGUCUGGCAUCCCGAAAUCACUGAACUCAACGAUGACGGACGUCGUCUCAUGGAGGCUUGUUACAUCAUGGAUCCGAGCUUCCGGAAGGAGUUCAUCGAUACCGUCAAGUCAAUGCGUGUGUCUGCUGGAGGUGUGCUCACUGCCGAAGAAGAAAAAAUCGCCACUUCGUUGUUCGGUAAGGAAAGUAUCUUCUGACGAGUGCCUAGUGAACUUGUUUCAGACGAGAUGAAUGCUGUUUUUAACUUGAACUUCGAGCACUUCAUUCUCGACGACGCUGCGGUCAUUCGUCACAAGAAAGAGCUUGCCAGAAUCCGUCGCGUCAACCUCCAACGCUUCCGUGAUCUGACUGCUCAGGCCAACGAGGCACAUCGCGUUCUCGAAGAAAUGAUGGCCUCACGAUUUAGACCAGCCUAA